UUAAGCCUGUUUACCAAAUAUCAAAUACAAUAUUUUGUAAUAAUGCAUCAAAUGACAAAGUGUUGUUAAUAAUGUAUGAAAGAUCAUCACUGACUUGAAACUACCAGUCGGGAACUACUAGUACAGCUGCCACUGUACCACUAGUUUAACAGUGAAAUGCUUCAAUCAGAAAUGCGUAAAGAGAAUGCUGUAGACAAAGAGUGGAAAAAAGAACAAGGACAAGAAAAACUCAGAUUUAGAACAAGAUCAACACUUAACACGUUUAGAACAAGAUCUGAUCUGACUUCACAAGCACAUGAUGUGAAAGAGACAACAAAGCAAACAACUGGUACUAAGAGGUUUUCUAAAAGAAUUGAGUCUGAAGAUGAAAAAUUAACAAAUGAUAAGAACAUUACAGAACAAUUGGUUAAGUAUCUUCCACAGUCUUCAGAAAAGACAACCAGAAAACUAAAUUCUUUACUGCCCUUUCUUCCUUCAAGAUGGAAAAAUUGGGUUGUCAGAGGAAUAUUUUCAGUCCUAAUGAUUCUAUUCUUCGGUGUAAUCAUCUGGAUUGGACCCCUUGCUUUAAUGUUCACAACUUUGUUAGUUCAAGUUAAAUGUUUCCAAGAAAUCAUAUCUGUGGGAUACUCAGUGUAUCGAACCCAUGAUCUUCCCUGGUUCCGUUCCCUUUCAUGGUAUUUUCUUAUUGCAUCUAACUAUUUCUUCUAUGGAGAAAACAUGGUGGACUCUUUUGGUGUUCUUCUUAGUCGAGGAGAUUUCAUGAGGCCUCUAGUGACUUACCAUAGAUUUAUCUCCUUCAGUUUGUACAUAAUAGGAUUCAUCUGGUUUGUGCUGAGCUUAGUAAAGAAAUAUUAUAUGAAGCAAUUUUCUCUGUUUGCCUGGACCCACGUCACUCUGUUGAUUGUUGUCACUCAGUCUUACUUAAUAAUGCAGAACUUGUUUGAAGGAAUGAUAUGGUUUAUUGUACCAGUUUCUAUGAUCAUCUGUAAUGACCUCUUUGCUUAUGUGUUUGGAUUCUUCUUUGGAAAGACUCCUCUCAUCAAAUUGUCCCCCAAGAAGACAUGGGAAGGUUUUAUAGGUGGAGCUUUUGCUACAAUUAUCUUUGGGCUAGUUGUAUCCCAUCUAAUGUGCCAUUUUAAUUACUUUGUCUGCCCGAUAGAGAUUGAUGAAAAAUUGACAAGGGACUGUACACCUUCUGCCUUGUUUCAGCCAACAGAGUAUAGUCUACCAAUGCUACUCCAAGGAAUAUUCGACCUUCUAGGUCUUCCCAAGACAGUUAUUUUAUAUCCAUUUGUGCUGCAUUCAUUAUCCCUGUCUCUCUUCAGUUCUAUAAUUGGCCCAUUUGGAGGAUUUUUUGCCAGUGGCUUUAAGCGUGCAUUUAAACUAAAGGAUUUUGGUGAUAUCAUUCCAGGCCAUGGAGGAAUCAUGGACAGGUUUGACUGUCAGUUUCUCAUGGCAACAUUUGUUAAUGUCUACAUUCACAGUUUUAUCAGAGCCCCUAGUUUACAAAAGCUACUACAGCAGGUGCACAACUGGAAAGCAGAUGAGCAGCUGGAAUUUUUUAAUGCCCUGAAGGACUCUCUUAUAGCUAAAGGAUUACUCUAGUGACACCAUGAACAUGAGAAUAACCUGUUUUGGGAUGUAAGUCUAUUAUAUCGAAAUGAUUGCUGUUAUCAAGAGGAUUAAAGACCUAUUUUUAUGUAAAAAUAUGGUAUUAAGAUUGUGUCUUAAAAGUGCAGUUUUGAUUUGUAGUAUUUCUGUUGUUGUAAUGCUAGAAAAAAGAACAACCUGUCUGUAAACAAAGCCAGUGAUACUAAAUGUAUAUGGUAAUUUUGUAUUUCAGUGAAAAGCGGGAUUAAUUAUGAAUAUGAGUUUGAUAGGUUACUUUGAAAUGAGGCUAGAAAUUAUCAUAUUGUUUUGUUUUUGCUGUUGUUGACACAAGUUCAUAUAUAAUCUGUUUCUUUUGUGUUUUUUUUCUAUACUUCUAGAGUAAGCUACCUCUGUGAAUAAUAUAGUGAAAGUUAAAGUGGAAAAAAAACAGUACUUACUUCUUUAAGUUAUGAAGUUAAAUUUCUAGUCAACAACAACAAAAAGAGAAAGAGAGAUGACUUCUUAUGAGUAGGAUGUCUUGAAUGUUGUCUUAGUAUUAAUAAGAGUAUAGUCGAAAGUUGUGUCUUUAAUUCUUGACAAAAAUUGUGCAUUUUGUAUCAAUUGGAGUAAAUUCCGGUUGUUUUUAUUAUUUUACUGACUGCUGUUUUUGUUAAAAAUCUAGCUAAUCUCUUUCACUUCCAUAUAUCUAGAUAAACAACUCUCCCAGUGUCAGGUUUACUUUUAGAUAUACAAUAAAAAAAAAACAUUUUAAUAAUUCAUUAGUUAUUUGAGACUAGAAACUUGAAACCAGGGAGGUUUAAAUGGAAAUGUUCUUUCUUCAAAGUGAUACAGGUUGUUUUAUUUCCUAUAAUAUUGCCCAUGGAAUGGAAGAGUUAAGAAAUUGUAAUUAUUUCACCAAAAUUAACUCCUUAAACCCUAGUGGAUGCUAACAGUGUCUGGCUAAAAUCCUGAUUUACCUAUUGGAUGGGGACAGCGAUCGAUAACAUUUAUUUCUCUUUGGCUGAAAACUAAUCCAGUCCAUGUUAUUAUCCACAAAAUUAAGAAAGUUGAAGUUUUAUAAGGUAUGGUAAUGAUUAUUAGGAAACCAUGAAAAUAAUUCCGGGAAAAAAAGUUACGGGUUUAAUUAAAGUUAAAUUUCUGAAAUAAACUGAAAAAUUAAAUAUGUAACCAGAUUAUUAUAGAGUUUACAUAUGGUUAUAAUAUUUCAAAAGGUGUUACACUGAGUAAUUAUAUAAUGAGGCAAAACACCUCAUUUUAGUGUAUUUAUGCUAUGUAUUUUUAUAUAUGGAGAUGCUUUUAUUACUAGAAGUAGGAUAUAAAUUAUUCCCUCAAAUGAGUGAUUAAGAUUGCAAGGGGUUAUAAAGAACAUGCAUUUGAACAUAAAGAAAAUGGCUUGUUGGGUACAUUCUACAAAUCAGUUAAAAAGUGAAACUGUUUAUACAUUAUGAUUUAAUGUUUCUGUUAUUAGCAUUUUAAUUGAGAACACAUUUUUGUUUAGUAAUGAUUAUAUUAGAGGUGUGGUAUUUUUAGCAUAUUUUUGUUAUUAAAGGAGGUUGUUUGUUAUAAGCACAAGAUAUCUUUAAAAGAAAAAUAAUGUGUUAUAUAAUAUUUUGGUUUCUUAGUGUAAAUUCAUAAUGAAAUUAAAAUCAGUCAAGUCAGUUGAAGAGUUUAAGCAUUUAGAGCAAAGACUGUUAAGAGGAUGACUUGAUUUACAUGCUCUGGUGGUUGGGUUUGAGUUUUGAUGUUUGGCAUCUAACAUCAAAACUGCUCAUGAUUGCUAUGUUUUAUAACAUGUAAUACACAAAAAAUCUGUAAUAAUCCUCUUUUUUUUCAGUAUCAUUUAUUAUUCUAUAAUUUGUUUCAUACAAUUAUAGGGUUAAAUAUUUUUUAAAAAACAUCACAUAUUUUCCCUGUACCAUCAAUCAAAGCUCCUAAAACUCUUCCCUAAUUCUUUCUCAUGUCUGAAUGGAUGACAACAACAACAUAUUGACAUGGUUUCAGUCACAAAACCAAGAAAUCAAUGUACAGUUUCUUUUUUCUUUAUUUGCUUGUCCUUCUUUUAUGUCUCAGUUUUUGGCUAUUUCCAUGACUCAAAAUUCUUCCCUUAAAUUUUGGACACCUAUUCAGAAGAAUAUUUACCUAUGUAUUCAAACUUGUAUAUGUUAUUCACAUUCCAAAAUCUAAAUGAUUCUUGCAGUAUACAAGUUUCAUAUUUUAGCCAUAAGUAAUAGCAAUAAUGUGAUACAUAUAUGCUCCAAGAAAUAUUUUGUAACAUUUAAUAAGAUGACAUGUUAUUGUUUACUUUUACAAAAGUCAAAAUUUUGGAAUUUUUAUUCCACAGCAAUUUAAUGUGUAGUGUUUGGAAGUUAUCUAACAUAGAUUUUGUUGUAUAGAAAAACAUCAUCACUUUAUGUUUUGAUUGAAAAAGAGUUCAAUGACCAUAUUGUCUUCAAAACCUUUAAAGUGUCUUCUUUUUAAUUCAACAAACAGCCUUGUCCUCAAAACAUUUAGAAAGGUCUACAUCAAGUAGGUUUUCUGGUUUUUGCAUUUAUUAUCUCUAUAUGUAGACAAGAAAUUAACAAGAACUCAAAUUUGAAGUUCUAUAGCUAAUUGUGGUUGUGUUUGUAUAAUUAUUUCUUUUAAAUUUUAUUUGCAAUUCAGGUUCUAUUACUGUAACGUAAAUGUAAAACUUGAUUUCAGAAUUAAUGAAAGUUACUGCUCUAGUAAACUAUAGUUUUGGUUAUCAUAAGAAGUAUGUUCAUAAUUUUCCACUUUAUAAAACUUAAAUGUAAGAAUUCUGUAAUAUGAACAUGCUUUGUUACUAUGUGUGGAUAUACCAUGUUUUUAAUGUUAAAUAUAAAGAUGAGUUAUAAAUUUUCUUUACUACAUUUUCUUAUAUGAUAAAGGGUUGUGGUUAUUAACAGGUAAUUAUUAUUAUCAUUAACUAUGUAUGAAUAUCUGUAUGUUUAUUUUUUUAUGUAACUAAAUUAAUAUUUGACAAUUAUGUAUUGAUUUAAUAUGUAAUUUCUAUUUUUAGAAAAUCAGCUGCAGCAUCAGUUUAUCCCAGUACAGUUUUGUUUUAAGUUAUAUAUAAUUAUUUGUUUCAGAUGUUAUACAAGUACAUAAUAUUUGUUUGAAAGAAAUUAAAACUGUAGUUACUAGAUGCAGGAUGGUUUUUAACUACUGCCUUUAAAUAUGACCGUUUCUGGUAGAGUAAAAGCUGACUCCUUCACAAGACAUCAGUUCUGGUAUUUGUGAUAAAGGAUAUAUUCUGUGUUAAAAUUGCCCUUUAAGUACUUUAAGUUAUAACAAUAGGUAGGCAACAAUGAUUUUUAAGCUUAAGGAAGAAUUGUAUUGAUGGUGGAAUAUACUACAUGUUUCGACCAAUGUGCUGUCGAAACAUAUAGCAUGUUCCACCAUCUAUAAAAUUCUGCCUUAAGCUUAUAAAUCAUUGUUUGCCUACCUAAUAUUAUAUAAGCAUAAUGUGCUUCCUUACUUAAGUAGUUUAAAUUGUUAGCUUCUUAGAUUCUAUUUCCAUAUCACUAUGUAAUGUAAAAAAAAAGUCUUAAGUUGUAUCCAAAAUUGCUUAAAUAUUAGAUUUAUACAAUCUUUUUCAUCAUCUUUCCACUUAAGUACAUUGUUCUAAUGGAUCAAGGACACCUCCCUGUUUCACAUCCUAUUAUGUGAGAAUGAAUGAGCCUUUUGGGUAAUGUAGAAAUAUAAGUAAACUUAAACACCACAAUUGUUGAAUAAUAAUGAAUUAAGCUUUUAUACACAAUGAUUUAUCUAUAGAUAAUUUUAAUCCUACGUUAUAGACAUUAAGUUUAAUACUACAUUGAUAGUGAAGAUUGAAUUUUGCUUGAAAUAGUCCUACAGGGCAAUGUGUAUGUGAAAGGAAGUAAGUAUUUACAGUUGUAAGCUUAUAUUCUUAAAUGUUUACAAGAGAAAGAAACUCUGGUCAAAUAGUUAUAUGUCUGUCAGCAGAGUGCUUCAUUAUAAGAAAUGAUUAGCAAGAUAGAUGGUAUAGCUUAAGAACAAUGCAAGCUCUUGAAGAUUUGAAGUACAAAGAAGAAAGUGAUAUCAUACUUAAAGAUUUUCUAAAUAAAGACAAAUGUAAAUAUUGCUAUAUAUAAGUACAUAUAUUAUCCAGAAAGUCUUGCUUUGGCAGGACAAAAUUUACUAUUUAAAAUUGAAAUCUAUAUCGUAUGUGCCUUUAAUCAAUUAUCAUACAGCUGUUUCUAUAAUCAAGUAAGUGUUUUGUUUUCAAAUAUCAAAUUUUAUAGUUUAAUCAAACAUGUAGCUAAUUGUAUAUACAAAGAACCUGACUAGGAGGUAUGUGUAGUGAAUUAAGCUUAGAAAACAUGCCCACAUCUUUCUGGUCAAUUAAUAAAUAGUAAUUACUUAACAUUUUUUUUUCAUAAAUAAGACAGUGUUUUAUGUAAGUCCACUUACUAUAUAAUGUUUGCUCAGUCUAAGUUUUAUUAAUUGAGAAUCAGUGGUAGCAAAAUCUCUAUGUUUUUUAAUACAGUUACUGCAAUAUAGUAAAUUCUACAGACACUUUUACAUAAACAGCUUUAAUUUACAGAACUUUAGGAAAUAUGUUUUUAGACAGAACAAAUAUGAAACCUCUGGGCUUAAAAAUCGUUUAAGAAAAAUCACAAAAUCUUUUUUAAAAUAUUUUAAUAAAAAAGUUACCUUUUAGUUGCACCUGAAUUAUUAUUGUACUCAAUAAGUGAUAUGGGGUACUUUAAGAAAGACAUUUUUAACAUGAAAUAUAUUUGUUUUUCAUAACUAAUAGUGUGCAAAAAAUCUAGUGAAAAUUUAAAAUUGUUCACUUUCAGAAACUUGAGACCAAGUGUUAUAUUGCUAUUAGCAAAGCCAAAAUAAUUUUUCUCUAUAAUGGUCAGAAAGAAAGAUUGUUAUUCAAUUGCUAUUUCCAUGUUUAUUGCUGAAUUGACAAAGCCCUGUAAUGUUUUAGACCAUGUAAUUUAAAAAUAUUUUGUAUUGGAAACUUAAGCAAGUGUCAUUCUUUACAAGUCUUUUUUUUUUUUUUAAUAAACAUUUCCACUAAAAGUGUAUUCCUUUAUCAUGAAUAAUAAAUUUUUUAUACCUGGAA